CUUCGACUCAGCCUUGCCCCACUACAGCAUCAACGUAAGAUCUACGAAAUACGAAGGACGGCGCAGGUGAUAUUCUCCGUGUCUAAGACCCGAUCAUAACUCAAGAGUGUCCUCAGGCGCGUAUCGACAUGCCGGCAAUCAGAUCCCACGCUUCACGGCAAAAGAAGCCCCCCGAGGGCUUCGAAGAUAUCCGCGAUGACCUCGAAGUCUUCAACAUCAAGAUGAAGGAUGCGCAAAACACGCCGACCAACAACGUCCCGAAGCACCAAGCGCAGUGGCCCAUCUUCCAGAUUUCACAUCAAAGGAGCCGCUACGUCUACGAGCUGUAUUACGACAAGGAGGCCAUUAGCAAGCAGCUAUACGAGUGGCUGCUCAAGAACGGCUAUGCGGACGCAAUGCUCAUUGCGAAAUGGAAGAAGCAGGGCUACGAGAAGUUAUGUUGCCUGCGAUGCGUCCAGACGAAGGAAACAAACUUCAGCUCAACAUGUAUCUGCCGUGUGCCCAAGGCCCAGAUGAAGGACGAGACGCAGGAUGUACAGUGCGUAAGCUGUGGCUGCAGGGGCUGUGCCUCGAGUGAUUGAUACACGGAAAUAUAUAUCGGAGGGUUUGAUCCUGACCUAGGCGUUGGUGGUUUUGCUUGGUGUUCUCUGGUAGUUUCUGAUUCGGAUUCAGGGCAAUCACAAUACUUCACACCCGAUGAAAAAGCGCGGGUCUGUUCAGCAAGUACAGUGCAUUACAUCGAGAGCACC